UAUCAAAGUCUUUGGUUUACCACUAGUAUACAAUCAAAUCAAAGAAUUGAAGCACUUAAUACAUUACUUAAAACAGGUGUAGAUCAUAUAUCAUCUUUAUGUUAUUUGUAUGAAGAAUGUCAACGACUAUUCAAUAAUCAGUUACAAUAUUCCCAGCUUGAAGAAUAUCAGAAUAGUGUACCUACUAGAGGAUUACCAAUUGCGUCACAAGUUAUAUUUCCCCAAAUUGAUUCUAUAUUAAUUAAGUUUGUAACAUCUCAUAUAUUGUCGAUACAAAGACAACAAAUGAAUGAAUUAUUACUUUAUCAUGCAGUAUGUUUAGAAGUACUUGAGUUUAGUAAUAAUGAG